CUGGGGGCUCGGGGCACUGAUUAAGGAUCUUUGUUUUGCCUGUUUUGCAGAGUCUCAAUGUUCUGACUUGCUCUAAGAUGAAGGUAUGGAAGUUUGCAGCCAUUGCAUCGAUGCUCCUCAGCUCCAUGUUAUCCAUUUUAGUUUGUAGAGACAUGUUCAGCGGAAGCCUGGAACUCAUCCCCUUGCCUUCCUCGCCGUCCUCCUCACGGGAUUCCUCCUCCUCCUCCUCCUCCUCGCUGCCGGCGGCUCCUCGGAGAUCCCCACGGGCCCUGCCACGCCACAGCUCCCUGCUGGCCCAGUGUAAGCUCCUGUUCCCCAUCCCCCCACCCCAAAUCCCCGUGGGGUCACUCCCUAUGACAGCACUAGAGAAAGCCACUGGUGAUGCUGUGUUCAAGUUUGAACCAUUUGUUCUUCACGUGCUGUGUCGGGAGCUGCAGGAUGCACAGCUGCUGCCCCCGGCGCUGCUGGCGCGGUACCGCCGGGCCAUGAGCCGCCGGCCGCCGCCGUCCCCGCGCAGCAAGCGCGCCCGCGGCCGCCACAAACCCUGCCAGCUGCGCCAGCUGGAGGUCAGCGUCAGCGAGCUGGGGCUGGGCUACGAGUCGGAGGAGACGGUGCUGUUCCGCUACUGCAGCGGCUCCUGCGAGGCGGCGGCGCGCAGCUACGGAAUCUCCAUCCUGGGGGAUGUUCCCUAA